AUGUUACCUGCAUCGGUAUCAGCAGCUGCAGCAGUUGCAUCAGCAGCUACAGCAGCUGCUAACGCGAUCCGAAGUAGCAAUAGCACAAGUAAUAGUGGUAGUAGUAAUAGUUGUAAUAAUACUGUGCUACAAACAACAACAACGCCCGAAGGCGGAGACAAUAAGGUUGCUGUUAGUAGUACUAAUACUACUACAGCAGUAGCAAUAAGUGCCAUCCAACAGUUGCAGCAUCAUCAACAUCAUCAUCAUCACCAGCAGCAGCAGCAGCAGCAGCAGCAGCAGCAUCAGCAGCAGCAGCAGCAUCAUCAUCAUCAUCAUCAUCAUCAUCAUUAUCACCAGGUAUCAUCAUCUUCAUCACCAUCAUCAUCAUCAUCAUCAUCAUCGGUAACAACAACAACAACAACAGCAACAUCAGCAAUACCACCACCAUCUGCUAUUGUUUUACCGGCUCAAUCAAAUUCACUCAUCAGUUUAUCAUCUCAGGUUCAGGAGAUUACCUGCAAUUUAUGUCCGAAAAGUUUUGCUAAUCAAAAAUUGCUUCAACAACAUCAGCAUAUGUUUCAUACCGACAAAGCAUUUAUCUGUGAAAUUUGCGGUAAAGCAUUCCGGUUCCGGUCUAAUUUAGCGGAACAUCGAUCCGUACAUACCGCACUCAAGCCAUAUGUUUGCAAAUUUUGCGGCAAAUCAUCAAGGCUUAAAG